UCCUUCCCUCCUUCCCUUCCUUCUGGGCUUAAAAUGGUGUCCAAACUCAGCGCUUUGCAACACGAGCUCCUCAACGCUCUGCUCGCCUCCGGAGUCACCAAAGAGGUCUUGAUUCAAGCUCUGGAGGAACUGAUGCCUUCGACCAGCACCAGCGCAAGCAGCACCAACGCUCCGGCGGCCGGAGGUGGCGGCGGCGGCGGCUACGGGGUGAAACUGGAAAACUUGCAGCUGUCGCCCAACGGAGGCGGCGACGGGACGGAGGCGGACAGCAAGCCCGUCUUCCACACCCUGACCAACGGGCACAGCAAAGGCAGGCUGUCGGGGGACGAGGGGUCGGACGACGGGGAUGAUUUUGACACCCCGCAGAUCCUGCGGGAGUUGCAGGCGCUCAACACCGAGGAGGCGGUGGAGCAGAGGGCCGAAGUGGAGAGGAUGAUCAGGUAA